AUGGUAGUGUUGAUGCUGUUGGAGCAUGGUGUCGAUGCAAAAGCGCAGAACAAGGUCAAUACUUCCCUCUUUCCCAUUAACCUCCCUCUGCUGGGCGGCCGAGCACCACUGCACUAUGCCUGCUAUAACGGCCAUGUCAAGGUGGUGGAGACACUGUUGGAGCACGGCGUUGAUGCUGAAGCCAAGGACGAGAGAGGGGAGACGGCCUUCGAUGCUGGACGUCGACGUGGGCAUGCCAACAGGCUGGAGCCCGUCUUCGCUGCCCACGAGGCUCGCCUUGCACAGCUAUUUGCCUGGCUGCCGCCCUUGCUCAGUCCUGCACCGUCCCUUGAGACGACGGCCGCUGUUGUGGUGUCGGUGGAAGGCUGGCUCAGACCGCUCCUGCCCGAGCAAUUCACCACUCACCCCCUCCCGCACCUCGAGGCCUUUAUCAGCGGUGCCAUCAAGCGAAAUUCUAAUCUCGCAGCAAUGGUUACGAAGAUCCAGAACACCAUCGAUGAAGCUCCACCAGAGUUUCCUGCCUUGAACUGGCCUGCCUUCAAAGCGACCAUCACCCGCGCCCUCGGCGUCCUCGACCAAGCAGUGCAGGUUCCCGAAGCGCUACAGGGCUGCCUCAGCCAACUGGACCCCAACAUUGACAAUCUAGAAUCGGUACUUGAAAAGAUGCAAAGUCUAACAGAGCAGAUUGAGCUCCAACCAGUAUAUCUUGAACUCCAGAACAUCUUGGCAAAAUGUCCCGCUCCAGCCACCGCGCCCACGACUGCGUUUGAGACGCCACCCACCGACUUUGCAGCAGCUCUGGGCAAACUCGUCAUGCUGCACAAUGUGGAACCCGAGCGCCAAGAACGGCUUACCAGCACCAAUACCAAUAUCAAGCGGCGGGUGCUGGCAUUGAUUGAUGCUCUGGACGCCGUGGCAAGGGCGGGUACCACCGACACUGACACAAUGCAUCGCGUGGACACGUUACGGCAACGCGCACAAUGCUCGGAUGUGAGCGCACCACUUUCGGCCAAGUCGUUACCCGAGGCGUGGGAGCGGCUGUGCCAGGCUCACGAACACCUCAGCUCGCCCAAACAGAAUGGGCUGGAGCAGCUCGCAGACUGGAGAGCAGAACACGAUUAUGAGCAUCAGGACUGGUACCUGACGUUUGUGCUGCACGGGUCGCAAGCCCUGUUGCAGCAGCUGCACGAUAUGAUCGACUGGCAGGCCAAGACGCUGUACGUGCUGACUGCAUGCAAAGAAUAUGCAAGCAGCAUCACGCAGAGCAGCGCAGAUCAAGUUGUAUCCAUUCAUGAGGAGGUGGCCGAGCUGCAAAAGAAAAUUCAGGCAACCACAGCAUUCUUGGCUUUUGUGUCAGACGACAUGCGAGCUGGUAUACAAGCCAACCUGGAUGAAGAGAAGGAACGACUUUCGACGUUGCAGCAGCAGCUAUCGAAGGCAACACAGGUGGACUAG